GAUUGGUUGACUCUCACCAGGCUGCAGAGCUGGUUGGAGGAACAAGAAAAGCCGUUUUAACGGCGGGGAGUGUGGGCAGAGUAAAUGUUUGUCUUUAACUCUUACAUUAAAUAAAAACAAACGUUAACGUUUUGUGAUAUUUUGUCUUUAAAAUGGCGACAUUAGUUCUGGACAACGGAGCCUACACGGCGAAAAUAGGCUACAGUCAGGAUAAAGUCAGUGUCAUCCCAAACUGCCAGUUCCGCUCAAAGACGUCCAGAUUGAAAACCUUCACUGCCAACCAGCUGGACGAGAUCAAAGAUCCAUCCGGUCUCUACUUCAUUCUUCCAUUUCAGAAGGGUUACCUGGUCAACUGGGACGUUCAGAGGAAAGUCUGGGAUCAUCUGUUUGGAAAAGAGAUGUUCAAGGUUGAUUUCACAGACACCAGCAUCAUCAUCACUGAACCGUACUUCAACUUCACCUCCAUCCAGGAGUCCAUGAACGAGAUCCUGUUUGAGGAGUACCAGUUCCAGUCAGCCCUCAGGACCGACGCUGGUUCUCUCAGUGCUCAUCAUUACUUCCACUCCAAACCUAUGGAGCUGUGUUGUCUGGUCGUGGACAGCGGCUUCUCCUUCACCCAUAUCGUCCCCUACUGUCGCAGUAAGAAAAUGAAGGAGGGAAUCCGCAGGAUCAAUGUGGGAGGAAAGCUGCUGACCAAUCAUCUGAAGGAGAUCAUUUCCUACAGACAGUUGCACGUCAUGGACGAAACCCAUGUGAUCAACCAGGUGAAGGAAGACGUCUGCUACGUCUCCCAGCAGUUCUACAAAGACAUGGAGAUUGCACAGUUGAAGGGAGAGGAGAACACCUUGAUGACUGACUAUGUUCUUCCUGAUUUCACCACCAUCAAGAAGGGAUUCUGCAAGCCUCGAGAGGAGAUAGUCUUCAGUGGGAAAUACAAAACAGGAGAGCAGAUUCUGAGGUUGGCCAACGAGCGGUUCGCUGUUCCUGAGAUGCUCUUCCAUCCAUCAGACAUAGGCAUCCAGGAGAUGGGAAUUCCUGAGGCCAUCGUCCACUCUGUCCAGUCGCUGCCUGAAGAGAUGCAGUCCCACUUCUACCAGAACAUCAUCCUUACAGGAGGAAACACCUUGUUCCCAGGCUUCAGGGAAAGACUGGAGGCGGACCUCAGGUCUCUGGUCCCCACACACCUGAUUGUGUCGGUCCUGCUGCCGUCCAACCCACUCUGUUACCCGUGGGACGGUGGUAAACUGUUGGCUCACAACCCCGAUUACGACGAGAUGGUGGUGACGAGGGAGGACUACGAAGAGAAUGGACAUUGUAUCUGUGAAGAGAAAUUUGAUAUUUGAAUUCAGAAAGACUGAGACCCCACCCCCAACCCCACGUGUUGAUACUGUAUUAUCAUUCAUGUAAUUGUUUUGGAAAUGUAAAUAGCAGGUUUGUUUUAAAGUAAUAUUUUGUUCAGUAAGUGGUUCCUUUUACUCACAUUUUCUUUUUUUCUUCUUUUUUUACAUUUAUUUGAACAGUUGAUUUUGUUGCUGUUGAUUAUUCUGGUGAUCAGUUGAUGGUGUUUUGGCAAUUUUGUCAACAGUCACCUUGGAAUAAAGAAUAAAACAGAAAAUGAACAA